GAACAUUGGAUUAUCCGGAAUCUAAACGAGCAUUAGGAGCAGCUUUUUUCUGAUGUCAUACCCCACGGUCAUUGAGAGCUUACGGGCUAUGUGGUUGUUAAAACCUGGAGAGUGGCUAUAUAGCAGGAGACAGGGACCAAAUAAAUAUAUUGCAGAAUUAACUUUGCCUUCGGAUUGAAAUUUGGAGAAGAACCUCAAUAGACAUUGAUCUCUGCGGAUGUAAGGUGUUGCUUAUGUUUCAAUAUAGGCUAUCUGACUGAACACCAAGGUCGCCAACGCAGCAGCUGAUAUCAGACAGCUGUAACUCGCACCAGAAGAUAGCAUUACACUCAGGUUGAAUGUCCCCCGGAGGACUUGAUGUGCAAUUGGGUGUUACCUGAAAGUGUUUUGUGUUGGUCGCUGAGAUCAUGUACGUGCUGUGUACACUGCUGCUGCUGUCCAUCCAGAGCCUACUGAAACGACAGAAGGCUGUCAAGCCUAAUGAAGCCGAGGCAGCAGAGUACGUCAAAAAACCGAGGCAAAAAUCACCCUAUAUACAGCACAAGAAAGUGGAAAAUCCUGUCGGGGGUGGAACCCAGGACAGACGCAGAUCAUGCACCAAAACCCAGCUGAAGGUCCUUGAAAAGAGAGCAGAAGCCCAGCGGUACACUCUGCUUGGCCCGGCGGUCAUGUUUAGCACAAGGAAGACGUGGGACCUCGGCCACACCCCCUGCCUGCAGGAGCUCUGGAACACAGACCUCUCAUUGGAUGCAAGCUCAGUGGAUUUCUUGAUCAGUGAUUGUGAGGAUGAGAGCUCCUUCCUGACGCUGCCCAACUCCGUUCUCCAACGCCGUCGUUUGACCUCCGACCUCUCCGAUCCCAGCCUUUCUGACCAGCAGCUGCUCAUACAGGCGCUGCAGGAGAAGGUGUGCGAGUUCCAAGCUCGAUUGCGCAGUGAAGACACCACCGACAGGCGACUUCUACAGCGACUACGUGCACCGCAGGUCAAUCAAGACCCACAGAACAAAGUAGGCACAAGCCAAGAGCAUCCAUUCACUAAUCAAGAGAUUCUCGAGCAGGACAGCCAGCAAAGCCAGGCUGCCUUCAACACAAGUGUAGGGAGCGUGAGCGCAGGAUCUCCACAUCCACAAGAAUUUCCUGAUAUUGCUGCGGUGAGAAAAGGUCACGCACAGCCUCGGUUUAAAGAAGACGUCCACCAGCUUGCGCUUAUCACAGGGCUUCACACACAGAUUGAGGAGCUGGAGAAGAAACUGGUGGACCGGACUCAGGAGGUGGAGAGACUGCGCUCUGAGCUGGGGGCGACAGACCUGGAGAAGCAGCUGGAGCUCCUAGAGAGCGAAAAUCAGCGGCUUAAACAGGAGCUUAAGUCCAAGAGCAUCCAUGAGCCUGCACAUGCCUGCUCCACCUCCAGCUGCCCUCACAGCCAGGAGGCAGCAGCCCUCCGAGGGGCGCUCUCCUUAUGUGAGGAGCGCUGUAAGAAGUAUGAGUGGCACAUGGCUAAGCUACAGCAUCAGCUUGGGGAACGAGCGGGCUCAGUGGACGAGCUGCACGUGUGCCUUGAGGAGGCGCUACAGAGCCGAGACAAGCUUCACAAGCAGCUCUCUCACACAGAGGAAAUGCUGCAAAGGCACAGUGUAGCAGCGCCAUCUCAGGCCAUGGCAGCAGAAGCAGAGUCGGCUCAGUGGAAACAGGCUCUAAUGGAGGCUCAGGCACAUAAUCAGGCUCUCCAGGAGCAGCUGGGGGUCCAGCGCCACCUCCUCCGAGAGCUUGAGCAGAAGCUGUAUGACAGCCAGAGAACCAGCAGUGAGCUUCGCAAGCAGAUCCUGGCUUAUGAGGGUGAGAUGGAGCAAACUCGAAGCCAGCUUGCAGCUGAGAUUCAGAAUCUCGAGGAAGAGAAAAACAGGGUCAUCGAGGAGGCAUUCAUCAGAGCCGAGAGCGAAAUGAAAGCUGUGCACGAAAACCUUGCAGGCGUAAGGAUGAAUUUGCUGACUCUGCAGCCUGCUCUGAGAACACUUACAUGUGACUACAAUUGUCUGAAGAGGCAGGUCCUGGAUUUUCCCUACAUGCUGCAGAAUGCAAUUGCUGAGGCUAAGCAGGAGAUAUGCCACAUGAUUGCAGAGGUGAGCAACACUAACCAGGAGCUGCUACGCAAAUACAAGAGGGAGAUGAACCUUAGGAAGAAGUGCCACAAUGAACUGGUCCGCCUCAAAGGAAACAUCCGCGUGUUUUGUCGCGUGCGUCCCAUCUGCCAAGAGGAAGCGGAGACGGAAGCCAAGAGCGUGGUGUCCUUUGACUCUGACGACGAUGCAGUGCUUCACCUUUCCAACAAGGGCAAACUUAUGGUCUUUGACAUGGACAAGGUCUUUCCACCUCAGGCCACACAGGCAGAGGUGUUUCAGGAAGUGCAGUCUCUCGUCACCUCCUGCAUUGACGGCUACAACGUGUGCAUCUUCGCGUACGGACAGACAGGGUCAGGAAAAACCUACACCAUGGAGGGUAUUCCCGAGGACCCCGGCAUUAAUCAGCGAGCUCUGCGUCUGCUCUUUUCUGAGGUGACUGAGAAAAUGCCCGACUGGCACUACACCAUCACUGUCAGCAUGGUGGAGAUCUACAAUGAGACACUGAGGAAUCUGUUAGGAGACAACCCGAGUGAGAAGCUGGACAUUAAGAUGUGUCCAGAUGGCAGCGGUCAACUGUAUGUGCCUGGACUUACAGAGUUCACAGUGAAGAGUGUAGAGGAUAUUAAUAAGGUUUUUGAGUUGGGUCACAUGAACAGGGCGACAGCAUGUACCAACUUGAAUGAGCACAGCUCUCGCUCUCAUGCUCUCCUCAUCAUUAAUGUGGCCGGAUUUAACUGCUCCACAGGGCACCGCACCUCAGGUAAGCUGAAUCUGGUGGAUCUGGCUGGUUCAGAGAGAAUCUCUAAAUCUGGGGCUGAGGGAAGUCGUCUGCGUGAGGCGCAGUGCAUCAAUAAGUCGCUCUCUGCACUGGGUGACGUCAUUAACGCACUUCGCUCUCGCCACUCACACGUUCCCUUCAGAAACUCACGGCUCACGUACCUGCUGCAGGACUCGCUCAGCGGAGAGAGCAAGACACUAAUGCUGGUGCAGGUGUCUCCUUUAGACAGCAAUAUCAUCGAGUCAGUGUGCUCUUUGAAAUUUGCCCAGCGCGUUCGCACAGUUGAGCUCGGAUCGGCCUCCUCUUCACGAAGACAAGCGGAGAACUCUUCAACGUCCUCCUCACCUACCCAUGACAGUGUGGAGUUGGAUUCUCCACCCAUAACUCCUGUGCUUUUACCCAUCUCCCGGGCAAGCAGUGUGGGCUCUUCUCUGUCUACUAUCUCCAGGGUGUCCAGCACACGGAGGCGAUCCCAAAGCCAGCAAGCUCCAGACAGACAGGUAGACAGAGGCAGUCCAUUGCUUGGGGACAGUGGGCAGGACGAAUGAAGCUUGCCACAUGAUGCUCUGAUGGAUCGAGUGUGCUGAGAAUCUGCCCUUCAACAUGCUCCACCACGAUUUUAUUUUAAACACCGGGGACCGGGACGAACCAAACUGACAAAUCAGGGAUAUGUGCAGCAUUUCUGUGAGAGACUUGACUAUACUAUUUGUGACUGAAGAACCUGCUUUCCUGCCAGGCUCUGUGCUGUCUCAUGGAGAAUGUGAACACUUCCUCCCUCAUGUCAGUGUUUAUGGACCUCUAUGCACUUUAGAACACACUGAUCUGAUCAUUCAUAGUGUUAAUAACCCAGUCUGGUUUAGGACUAUCACAGGACUGGUGUUUAACUUUAAGUAUGUGUGUUCUUUCUCUUUUUUUGAGAGAAAAAUACUAGUGUAUUCUCUUGUUUUUUUGUUUUUUUUUAUUGUCCUUUUUUUUUAAUAUUAUUAUUCAAAGCCUAAGAACAAAGUCAUACUUCUGAAAACUUGUGUAGCAGUCGCAGUAAGCAAUAAUCAAGGCCAAAGUCGAGCCUGCCUGUUAGCAGUCACGUUCUUGUUGUGUAUAUUUGGAACUGAAGGCAGCAUAUUGAAGUCUUCCCGAUUUAAGCAUGUGUAAUUUCAAAUUUAUUAUCAACAGCUGACUUAUUCAUUCCAUAUAGCUGUGAAUAGGAAUGCUUUACAUUUCCACCCACAGUCACUAUUGCAUUUUCACUGUAUGAACUCUUUCAUCUGAAAUGGACCACUGAGAGAGAGCGGAUAUUGACUGCUGUGGGGUUUUGCUAGUUCCGGUUUAUAAUAGCAUUGCUUUGUAUGCAUCCCAGUUUUUUGUACACUUUUUAAUAAAUGCCUUCAAUGUGAUUUUA